GUCAGAGCAACAUCCGAUUAUCAACUUCAAGCACUGUGGCAAAGUAACUAUUGUCUUGGUGACCAAUGCUUACAUACCUGGGCCAUGUUGCAAAUAAAAAUGAUAUACUGUUAAGUUGCCUUCAGCUUAUAAACAUCAUUUUCUUUAUUCAACAAAUAGCUUGAGUAAAUCUAGGCUCAUCUCUGCCUGUCAAAGUAACCUUAGCAAAUUUGCAGAUGACUCAAAGCUGGGUGGCAGUGUGAACUGUGAGGGGGAUGCUAUGAGAAUGCAGGGUGACUUGGACAUGUAGGGGAGUGGGCACAUGCAUGGCAGAUGAAGUUUAGUGUGGAUAAAUGUGAGGUUAUCCACUUUGGUAGCAAAAACAGGAAUGCAGAUUACUAUCUAAAUGGUGUCAAGUUGGGAAAAGGGGAAGUAUAACGGGAUCUGGGGGUCCUUGUACAUCAGUCUAUGAAAGUAAGCAUGCAAGUACAGCAGGCAGUGAAGAAAGCGAAUGGCAUGUUGGCCUUUAUAACAAGAGGAAUCGAAUAUAAGAGCAAAGAGGUCCUUCUGCAGUUGUACAGAGCCCCAGUGAGACCACACCUGGAGUAUUGUGUGCAGUUUUGGUCCCCUAAUUUGAGGAAGGACAUUCUUGCUAUUGAGGGAGUGCAGCGUAGGUUUACAAGGUUAAUUCCCGGGAUGGCGAGACUGUGCUGAGAGAAUGGAGCAGCUGGGCUUGUACACUCUGGAGUUUAGAAAGAUGAGAGGUUAUCUCAUUGAAACAUAUAAGAUUGUUAAGGUCUUGGACACGCUAGAGGCAGGAAAAUGUUCCCGAUGUUGGGGGAGUCCAGAACCAGGGGUCACAGUUUAAGAAUAAGGAGUAAGCCAUUUAGAGCGGAGACGAGGAAACACUUUUUCUCACAAAGAGUGGUGAGUCUGUGGAAUUCUCUGCCUCAGAGGGCAAUGGAGGCAGGUUCUCUGGAUGCUUUCAAGAACGAGCUAGAUAGGGCUCUUAAAAAUAGCAGAGUCAGGGGAUAUGGGGAGAAGUCAGGAACAGGGUAUUGAUUAGGGAUGAUCAGCCAUGAUCACAUUGAAUGGCGAUGCUGGCUCGAAGGGCCGAAUGGCCUACUCCUGCACCUAUUAUCUAUUGUCUAUUGUCUGUUUCUACAGGUUUGCAAUCAGAAAUGUGCCAAUAUCUCAGUCUCACAAAGGAGAUACAUCAGAGAAUUUUGUGUGUCCACAGAUAUAAGGAUAUACAAAUGCUAGUCAAUGCAAGUUAAAUUCUAGAAAUCAGAAUACUUAUUGCAUCAGCAGUGGAGUCAGUCAAUGACUAUCAUCUGCAAUGCUCUGGUCAGCUACAUUCUGAAUACUGUUUUUGGUUCUGACCAGUGGGAGAAAUGUUAAUGUGAAUUGUGAGGAAGGUUUAUAAUAUCCUCGCACAAUGGAUAAUAAAUUCUAGCCUUUCUCGUGACACCAACAGCCUGGAAAUAAUUUCCCCUAAAUUUAACUUUCUUACAUUUUAUUUUUGACAUAACUUAGGCAGCAUUUAUUGCUAGGUCCUAUAUAAUUUUAGAAUAAUUCAGUAGAAUUAUGAAGCAAUAUAUAAAGUAUCAGAUUUUAAAAAUUUAACAGGACUUUGGUGAAAUCUUAAUUCUUGCUCACUGAUGCACCACUAUUUGUUGCACUUCAUGGUUAGCCUUGAACCUGUUAUGUGGUUUCUCUUAAACAAAACGGUUGCUUCAGAGAGAUUAUAAAGCUUGUGCUUCAUAGAGAGGACAUCAACCUGAACCAACCACAUCCUUGUGAGUUGACACUAAAUUACUGAAAGCCUUUGCCGUGAUCACAAAAGAAGCAACAAUGAAGUUGCUGAAGUACGGUCUGUUUCUUCCAUUGAUCAGUAUUUCCUUCAUUCCAGCCUAUCAGGGAGCGGAGAUUAUUGGAGGUCAUGAUGUUACACCACAUUCAAAACCCUAUAUGGCAUCUAUCCAAGUAUUUGACAAUGAAAAGUAUCAACAUAUUUGCGGAGGGGCUUUGAUCCGCCGUAACUGGGUGCUCACUGCAGCUCACUGUGAAAUAUCACGUAUUAAUGCAAAGCAACCACUUCGAGUGGUUCUUGGAGCACAUUCUCUUUUACAGGAUGAGAAUCAACAAAGUCUAUAUGUUCUCAACCAGGUUCCUUAUCCACAAUUCAAAAUGCAAACUGCUCAAAAUGACAUCAUGCUGCUGAAGCUUAAGGGAACAGCGACUCUGAACAAGUUUGUGAAUAUCCUGAAACUACCGAACUCAAAUAAGGAUGUGAAAAGUGGAACGAUUUGUAAUGUUGCAGGAUGGGGGUAUACCAAUAUUAUAACGAAGCAGACCCCAAAGGUGCUGCAAGAAGUAAAUGUAACUGUGGUAGACAGGAACCUGUGUUCUAAAUAUUACACCUACCAUCCUGCAAUAACAAGAAACGUGCUCUGCGCUGGUGACAAGAAAGGAGAUAAAGAUGCCUGCAUUGGGGAUUCAGGUGGUCCACUAUUAUGCAAAGGAAAUUUCAACGGAAUUGUUUCUUUCGGAUGCAGCUGUGGAAUACCCAAAAAACCAGGCGUUUAUACACGACUCUCAACAAAAUAUCUUUCCUGGAUUAAGAAGACCAUUUUAAAUUCAGAUUUUCAUUGCCAAAUUCAUCUAGCCAUUGUUCACAAAUUAAUUGCAACAAUGAAUUGUCAGGCUCUGCUCAGCUCUCUGACCAUCAUUUUCUACCUAACAGCAACUCAUGAUUGCUCGGAAAUCAUUGGGGGCCAAAUAACGAGGAAUCAUGCCAGACCAUACAUGGCAUCAAUCCAGAAGAAUAAACGCCAUGUGUGUGGAGGGGUGUUAAUAAAGCCAUCCUGGAUCCUGACUGCAGCGCACUGCAAUCUCUUCUUUAGAUUUAACCCAGUAUACGCAGUUCUUGGAAUUAAUUCAUUGGAAAGUAAUGAAAACUCGAAGCAAGUACUGAAGGUGAAGCAUAAAAUCCCACAUGUGUGCUUUAACACUGUAACCAAAGAAUAUGAUAUCAUGCUGCUUCAACUGGAGUCCGAGGCAAAACGUAACAAAUUUGUGGAUUUUCUACCAUUGCCCCUGAAUGGCCAGGAUGUGCAAGUGGGGACGGUUUGCACGGUUGCAGGAUGGGGAGCAGAAGAAGCAAAUUCAAACCGCGCAUCAGACUGUCUGAGGGAAGUAAACGUAACGAUCAUAGAUAGAAAGAAGUGUAAUAGCCCGGAGUACUAUAACCGCAAGCCCGUAAUAUCCAGUAAUAUGCUCUGUGCUGGGGAUGUUGGAGGAAAAAGAGAUGCAUGCAUCGGAGAUUCUGGUGGACCACUGAUAUGUGAGAAUGAAUUCAGAGGAAUUGUGUCCUUUGGGCAAGAAUGUGGACUUCCCCAAAAGCCUGGUGUUUAUACAAGGAUCACAAAGCAGUAUAUUAAUUGGAUUCAAGAUAUAACGUCGGGGCGAUCAAAGAUCCCGCAGCCUGCGAUCGGAACUCCCGCAUCGGGGCCCUCGAAGCUCUGCGGUUGGAGCUCCCGAAGUCAUGGAGUGGAAAUUAUUGGAGGUCGAAAGGCUAAAGCCCACUCAAACCCUUACAUGGUAUCCAUCCAAAUAUCUACGGACAACAAAAUGUAUAAACAUUGGUGUGGAGGCGCUUUGAUCAGUAAAAACUGGGUUCUCACUGCAGCGCAUUGUAAACCUACAAAUCUCAAGUGGAAAUCUCAAGUGGUUCUUGGAACACAUUCUCUUUCACAGAAUAAGAAGAGUAAACAAACAGUUCCUAUCAUGGAAUGGAUUGACUAUGGAAAGUUCAACAAGAAAACUGCAAUCGAUGACAUAAUUUUGGUGAAACUGGGGGGUAACGUCAAGUUCAACAAAGAUGUGAAAGCGCUCAAACUACCGAAAACAAAGGUCACUGAUGUGAAACCUGGGACUUCCUGCUCAGUGGCAGGAUGGGGGACAACAAGUACAUGCUCAAAAAUUCAUUCUGACACACUUCAAGAAGUGAAGCUAAAAGUAAUAGAUCGUAAAACAUGCAACAGCAAGGACUAUUACAAUCACAAACCUAAUGUAACCCAGGACAUGAUCUGUGUUGGCGACAGUAAAGGCAGAGGAGAUUCUUGUCAGGGUGAUUCAGGUGGCCCUUUGAUAUGCAACAAAAAGUACACUGGGAUAGUGUCGUAUGGUGAGGGAUGUGCCAAUCCCAAAAAACCUGGAAUUUAUACUUUAUUAACAAAGAAAUAUCUUGAUUGGAUUAAUAAAAUGAUAGGGGUGCAGGCUUACAAUAUGACCGCUGAAGUACUGUAUUGAGUAAUCCGCAUGCUGCUUCACUCUGCUUUGCCAACAAAUUUCACCUGGCCCACAUCUAACAAUGGCCCGUUUACUUUAUCAUCGUAACUUUUUUGCAUAUCUUUCAUUAAUUUGUCCUAUAUCUCUCUAUAUCACCGUCUAUAUCUCUCUUUCCGUUUCCCCUGACUUUCAGUCUGAAGAAGGGUCUCGACCCGAGACGUUACCUAUUUCUUUUCUCCAGAGAUGCUGACUGACCUUUGAAUUACUCCAGCUUUUUGUGUCUCUCUUCAGUUUAAAUCAGCAUCUGCAGUAUCUUCCUGCACAUGAUGCUCAAUUAAUUGGCUUAGAGAACCAGCAGGCUUCCAUCCAUGUCCUGAGUACAUUGUAUAAUAUUUUACCGCAAAAUGCAAUAAAAACUCGAAUUGUGA